CGCCUCCAAAAGUGGAGGGCAUUACGCUCCAGGCGUAGAGAGCGCAGACUUCAGCCCCCGCAACCUUUGCCCUGCGAAAGAUCAGCUGCGGGACUGAGCAAAGAAAGGAAGCGAACUGGUCUCCGCGAAAAUGGCAAGUGAGCCCGAUACGACUGAAGUGCGGGAACAGCACCGAUUUGACCAGGGAGCCUUGGAGGGGUACCUGUGCCGCUCCUUGCCUGGGUUUCCCUCGCAGCCUGGCGAAGCUCUGGCGGUCAGGCAGUACAGUUCGGGACAAUCAAACCCCACCUUUUUCUUGAAGAAAGGACUUAGAACCUACGUGCUUAGAAAGAAGCCUCAUGGUACACUCCUACCUCAGGCUCACAAGGUUGACAGAGAAUAUCGGGUUCAGAAAGCUUUGUUUGCAGCUGGGUUCCCUGUUCCUGAACCUCUUUUAUACUGCAGUGAUGUUUCAGUGAUUGGAACAGAAUUUUAUGUGAUGCAACAUGUUCAGGGUCGCAUCUUCCGAGACGUCACAUUACCUGAAGUAAGCCCAGCAGAAAGAUCUGCUUUGUACAUAGCAAUUAUAGAAACUCUGGCACAGCUACAUUCCUUCAGUGUUUGUUCACUGGGCCUCCAGGACUAUGGACGAGGAGCAGGUUACUGUAAGAGGCAGGUAUCAACUUGGAUGAAGCAGUAUCAAGCAGCUGCUCAUAUCCAAAUUCCAGCUAUGAAUGAGUUAGCCGAAUGGUUAAUGAGCAAUUUGCCUGAUGAUGAUAAUGAAGCUGCUUUGAUCCAUGGUGACUUUAGAAUAGAUAACAUCAUCUUUCAUCCAAGAGAGGCCCGUGUUGUGGCAGUGCUGGACUGGGAACUUUCAACUUUAGGCCAUCCUCUGGCAGACUUGGCUUAUACUCUUGCUUUUUACUUUUGGCCCAGAACCUUCAUACCUAUAAAAAUGGUUAAUUUGCAGAAUGUAAAUAGCAUUGCAGGAAUUCCUUCUCUUGAAGAACUGAUCAUGAUUUAUUCUCGCUUCAGAGCUAUCAACACUUCUCCACCCAACCUUAAUUUUUUUCUUGCUCUUUCAUAUUUUAAGCUGGCUUCAAUAAGCCAGGGUAUAUAUGCCAGAUAUCUCCUGGGUAAUUCCUCUGCAGAAAACAGCUUGGAGUUUGGCAAUGUAGUGAAACCUCUGGCCGAAGUUGGAUUACAGAUAGCAAAAAAAACAACUUUCAGCACUGACACGCCUCCUUGCAAUUCUGGAGAAUUGUUCCAUCAGUCCCCAGAGGGGAAGAACAUCCUCCAGAGAGUGAAGGAUUUCAUGAAAAAUCAUAUUCUUCCAGCGGAAAAGGAGAUGGUUCAGUAUUAUGCCAGAAAGAAAAAUUCACCAGAUAUAUGGAGAAAACCUGAUGUGAUUGAGAGACUCAAGGAAAGGGCCAAAGCAGAAGGCCUCUGGAACCUUUUCCUGCCAGCUGUUAGUGGUAUUGGUCAAUUGGACUAUGCAUUAAUAGCAGAAGAGACUGGGAAGUGCUUCUUUGCUCCUGAAGUAUUUAACUGUCAUGCCCCAGACACAGGAAAUAUGGAAGUUCUGCACUUGUAUGGGACAGAAGAACAGAAGAAACAAUGGCUGGAGCCUCUUCUGGAAGGAAAAAUUAGUUCUUGCUUCUGCAUGACAGAACCUGAUGUUGCAUCAAGUGAUGCCACCAAUAUAGAGUGUAGCAUUCAGAGAGAUGGAGGCAGCUAUAUAAUCAAUGGCAAGAAGUGGUGGAGCAGUGGAGCUGGAAAUCCCAACUGCAAAUUUGCUAUUGUAAUGGGCAAAGAUAAAAAUACUUCUGCAUCCAGAUAUAAACAGCAUAGUAUGAUCAUUGUGCCAAUGGACACACCUGGAGUGAAACUUAUAAGGCCUCUUUCAGUCUUCGGGUAUUUUGAUUAUUUUCAUGGUGGACAUUUUGAAAUACAUUUUAAUGAUGUUCGAGUCCCUGUCUCCCAUUUGAUACUGGGAGACGGAAGAGGGUUUGAAAUAGCUCAAGGACGACUUGGGCCGGGCCGUAUUCACCACUGUAUGAGAUCAAUAGGAGCAGCUGAAACUGCUCUCCGGAUCCUGUGUGAGCGGUCAGCCCAGAGAGUCACAUUUGGGAAGAAGCUCUAUCAUCAUGAAGUUGUAGCUCACUGGAUUGCUGAAUGCCGCAUUGCUAUUGAACAGGCAAGGCUGCUUACACUGAAAGCAGCCAGCAAAAUAGAUGCCAUGAGCAACAAAGCAGCCAGGAAAGAGAUCGCUAUGAUCAAAGUGGUGGCACCCCGAGCGGUCCUUAAAGUGAUUGACUGUGCUAUUCAAAUUUGUGGUGCUGCUGGAUUCUCAGAAGACCUCCCGUUGGCUCAAAUGUUUGCCUAUGUUCGGACUUUACGAGUGGCAGAUGGGCCUGACGAAGUUCAUCUCUCAGCCAUUGCAAAAUUAGAACUGCUUGACCAAGCCAGGCAACUGAAUGCAAACCUGUAACAGCUAUUUUCUGUUUUGUGACAGCAUCAGAAAUCAGAACCUUCCUUCACCCAGCUUUUUCCUUAAAAUUAAACAUGAAGGUUAAAGAGGACUAUAUCAAAAAGCUAACGAAAACCGUGACUGAAUUUUAGUACUGUUUUUGUUUCUGCAGAAAAGCUGAGUCAUUUAAUCACAAGACUAGCCUAAAGCACAUGUGUUGCCAAACCAUCCCAAUAGACUUCAUCAUCCCUGCUGUUUGCUGUUGGGGGAAUGAUGAAAAUGAAAGCAUACGAUAUUAAGAUUUCCAUUCAUUUUAUCUUGGGUGAAGUUUUUUUUCUUUUUCUUUUUUUUUGGGAAGCUCUGGUAAAUCUAAACAGAACCUUUGGGAAUGGGCAACAGACAAAUAAACAUAUUCAACUUGUUUUGUAAUGUGCUUUGAGCAAUAAAAAGAUUUUAAUUACUGAGUUGAUUGAUUUUAAAUUUAUCAGAUGAAUAGUUCAGUCAACAAGAACAUUCCUCAGCAAAGAUUCUGUAAUUCUGAGAAAGCUUGGAUGUUUUGACUUCAGGUGUUGGUGCUAACAACUAUUUAACUCAGGUACAACUGAACAGCUGCUACAGUGAUUAAUUUAUGACUGUAAAUUAAAUGGCAAAGUAAUUUAUCACUGAUUAAAUUAAAUGGCAAAGUACAGUAAUAGCAUUUUGCAUUUAUGGCAUGUUCUUUAAAAAAAACUUCUGCUGGAGUUUUUUAUUUUAUGCUCCAUUUUCUUCUAGCUGACUUGACCCUCCCUAACCUGCCAGUUAAAGAACAAAAUAUUAUAAAGUUAUUUCUGAAAUCA